AUGGAUCUAUCACUAUUCUGCCAAAGUAAUACUCUUUACACACAAGAAGAACUAUCAAGAUAUCGACCUGGGGGUUAUCAUCCAGUCAAGCUUGGGGACACAUUCCAAAACGGUCGCUACGAAAUACGUCAUAAGCUAGGAUGGGGUGGCUUUUCGACCGUAUGGCUGGCGAGAGACAAACUUCGAGAUCAAUGGGUCUCUUUAAAGAUCAUGGCGUCACGGUCGCAAGCAUCUCAGGAGCUGCAAAAUCUUGAGCACCUGCAGAGGCAUUCUCGCGGCACACUUGCUUCGAACUAUAUUGUUCAACUUCUCGAUUGCUUUACCCACGAAGGUCCAAUUGGAGUCCACCAAUGCCUUGUUUCUGAACUACUGGGCCCGACCGUUGAUAAGGUCCUGGCCGACUACCGUUGGGGCAACGACAAGCUCGACUCGGAAACCGUACUUCGCAUGUGUACGCAACUUUUGACGGCCGUCAGGUUCAUCCAUAGCGCCGGAAUGGGCCACGGAGACAUCAGUGGUCGGAAUAUCGCAUUUACCUGCACCCAACUAUCUAAUAUGACAGAGGAGCAACUUUUCGAAGUUCUUGGUGUCCCGGAAAUUGCUCCACUAGCUCGUAUUGAUGGCACGCCUUUAGAAAAUGGUCUACCAUCCCAGCUGGUCAAGGCAACAGAAUGGACGGAUUGGAUUGACGAGGACGAUGAAGACAUUCGGCUUCUUGAUUUUGGGGAAAGUUUUCUCCAAGGGGAAGAGCCUACAAGGCUGGCUCAGCCGGGUAUAUUGCGAGUACCGGAAACCAUUUUCACGGAUUCGUUUGGUUAUCGCGUCGACUUAUGGCGAACGGGUUGCAUGAUUUAUUCCUUCCUGCUCACAAACUUUCCAUUCUGGUAUCUGGGCAAGGAUGAAGACUUAGUUCUCCAAAUGAUUAACUUCGUGGAGACGUUGCCGACCGAAUGGGAGUCUCAAUGGAAGUCCAUGAAGAUGAACUCUCUCCACGAUUUAGAGAUCGAAGAAGAUCAAUAUGAAAAGAUUCUUUCCGAAGAAUGGGAGAAGCUCAAACCCGAAGACAAAAUCACCGAUCGCAGGGAACAGCAGAGCGCUAUAAUCGAAAGAAGCCUGCAGAAGCUCGACACAGAGAAAUCUGGCGUCAAAGAAGGCGUCGCAAAAUUUGCGAAAUGCGCACAGUCCGUCAAGGAGUUUGUUGACGCGGCGGUCAAGGCAUCGCCAGAAGCCUCGUUGGUCUGGGCAGGUGUUUGUGUCGCUCUUCCCUUAUUGACAAAUCCCCAAGCCGCUUCGGAUGCCAACAAGUCCGGGUUCCACUACGUGACCUCUCGACUGGCCUACUAUCUCGAACUCGAGCAUCUUCUCUGGCCUGUUGAUGGACGCGAAGAACAGCAAAUUGCGAAAUUGGAAAUCAAGUUCUUAGACAGCUGGACUGAGCUGUACAAGAAGCUGUUGGAGUUCCAAUUCGAGAGCGUUAUCCGAAUUCAUAGUAGGCACCUUGCAAAGGAUAUAUUUGGCCUUCAAGACUGGGAAGGAAUGAUCACCAGCAUCAAGGAGCUGGAAGCGAUGGUGGACAGAGACGCACAACAGAUUAAUGCCUCGCUGUCACGACAAGACCUGGAACAAAUUCGAACAAAUUCAGACGGCCUGAUUGAUUCAAUGCGCGAAUAUUAAAAUGGAUGUGGCCGGACGACAAUUCAAAAUUACCGUGAAUCAACUAGAGAUUCAAAAGCAAAUCCUGGACCGACUCCCUGAUAAAGAGAAGGAAUGCCUGCAAUCAUUCCGUCUGGCGAGGGAUGAUCGAGACGACACCUACGAAUGGUACAAGAACAGAGUUCAACAGCGGACAGAAGGAACAUGUAAAUGGUUUUUAUCACAACCCAACUAUACGAACUGGCGGAAGCAGGAGACAGGGCUGCUUAUCGUUUCAGCCGACCCAGGUUGUGGCAAAUCUGUCCUCGCCAGAUACCUGAUCGAUAGUGAAUUUGAAAAGGCCAAAUCGUCAGCCAGAGUCUGCUAUUUCUUCUUCAAACAUCGGGAUCAAGAUACCCAGAAACAAGCACUCUGUGCCUUCCUGCAUCAAAUGCUUUGCUUCAGACCGGAGUUGAUUGAGCAUGCUAUUCCUGCCUUUGACAGCAACGGGGAGAACCUGAUUAAUGUGACCCACGAUCUAUGGAAUAUUUUCGCAAAAGUGGCGACGGACCCCCGAAUGGGGCAUGUGGUGUUUGUCUUG